AGUUUUGUAAAAUUUGCCUCAUGAACUGUUCAUAUAAUAUGAUUUUAUUUUGCAAAUAAGUAAGAAAUGAAAAUACGACAGUAACUGAUAUUUGACAAUUGUGUUACAUUACACUUGUAGUUUCUCCUCUCGUACUGUAAGUCGGAGAUUUGUCUCUGUAGCACUCGCGUCGUCUGCCUCGAUCGGUUGGAACGACUUUCGGUUGAAGGUGGACAGUGGGAGAAGAAGAUUUGCCAUUAUGUAUUUUUCGUUGAAAGUGCGUCGUAUGACACGUUUAAUGACAUUUUCACAAAUGAGACAUUUUUUGCAAACAAGAGAAUUUUACCGUGUUUCGAGGAGUUCAGGGGCCGAAGUAAUAGAUGGAAAGGUUAUUGCAAAUUUGAUAAAACAGGAAGUAAAACUUGAAGUUGACAAGAUUAUUGCCAGUGGAAAGAGGCCUCCUCAUGUCACGGUGGUGAUGGUGGGAAGCGAUCCAACCAGUAUCAUCUACGUCAACAACAAAAGGAAAGCAGCCAAUGAGAUUGGUAUCACCUGUGAUAUUAUCCGGCCCCCUGCGAUGGUCACGGAGGAUGAUUUACUAACGGAGAUAAAACACCUGAACAAAAUGUCCACUGUGGACGGGAUCAUUGUUCAGUUGCCGCUUCCCGACCACAUUGAAACUCGCACGGUGUGCAAUGCUGUGGCACCUCACAAAGAUGUUGAUGGGUUUGGCGUCAUCAACAUUGGCCGUCUAGGUGUCAAUAUGCCGUCCUACAUCCCAGCCACACCAGCGGGAGUCCUCGAAAUCAUAAAACGAUCAGGAAUAGAGACAUUUGGUAAGAAUGCGGUUGUGGUAGGAAGAUCGAAGCACGUCGGUCUUCCCAUUGCCAUGUUCCUGCAGGCUGAUGGCAUGAAGGGAUCUAAGAAGGGUGGUAACGCCACAAUGACGAUCUGCCACCGAUUCACUCCACCCGACCAGCUGACGUUGUUCACCCAGCAGGCUGACAUCGUGAUUGCGGCAGCCGGAAUCCCGCGACUCAUCACCGCCGACAUGAUCAAGGAAGGUGCUGCUGUCAUUGACGUGGGGAUCACGCCCGUACGCAAUGAGAAAACAGGAAAAACCAAGCUUGUUGGCGAUGUCGACUUUAAAGCCGUUUCAGAAAAGGCCAGAUUGAUCACUCCCGUUCCUGGCGGGGUUGGGCCGUGCACUGUUGCCAUGUUGUUGAAGAACACACUGACAGCAUACAACAGGGAAAUAGACUUCUCCAGAUGAUCUCAGCAUAUAUUAUGUGGAAUAUUUCAUUUUAUUACUCCAGCAGGCACUCAUAAUUAGGCACAUAAAAAUCAUAAUUUCUCAAGGAGAAAUACAAUAUUAUUUGACAAUUUGGCACUUACAAGCCAUUGACUUUGUCAGUACUAAAUUUGCAUUUACAUCAGGUUUUAUUGUUAUAUUGUAAUAUCUGUGAACGUGAAUAUAAAAUGCAAAGUUAUAGCAAUAUUCAGAACAGUAUGUAAAAUGGUUUGUAACAUUGUUUCUAUCUUUAUAUAUA